AUGAGCGACACUCCCCGCCUUCGCUCCGCGUUUCCAUCAACGCCUCAAACGACGCAGAAGACAAGAGACUACAAUCGAUCCCCCUCGCGGCCCAUACCACGGAAUGCUCCACGUUCAAAAGUCGUCUCGCAGGCACCGUCUGCUGAUCAGGAUGCGAGUUCGUCGCUCGUCCCAUCUAGCAUAAUCGACCCGCCGACGCAACGCUUGUACGUAGCAGCCGCCUACGUCGCCCUCAACGCGUGGCGGUUCUACGAGGCCUGGACAGCUUCUGACGAUUUGGACUCUACCUGGCUGUUCCUGAAAUGGGCCUCUAUAGAUGGUGUCUUUCUCUUCGGUCUUCAGGCUUUGCGCAUUCCCUGGUUGGAAUGGGCCUUCCCAACAACGCUUGCGCUCCUUCUAGUUCACGUCGCCUUCAACAUCUUCUUGAUGUUUCGCAUUCCAAUUCCCGUUGGCAUUUGGCUUUCUGGAAUGAUGAGACUAGCUUAUGAUCGAGAACUCUCAAUCUCGGGGCAGAGCAUUAAGCCUGGCGACAUUAUAAAUAAUGCGUCACUCAUUCUCGGAAAGCAAAUAAUCAACAUCCUUCCGGAAGGGUCUGCCGUCUUGAACCCAGAGCUGGCACCACUUUGCCUGGACGCUCAGAAAACAGCUGUUGAAUUGCCAAUCCGAGUGAAUCAAACCGAUCCUAUACUGAUAGAGCUGCUACGCCUUGACUUCAACAAUGGCGACAGUGAGAUUGUGACGAUUCAAAGUAAACAACUGAAACAAUUGAAACGGCAGUCAGACAAGAGGCGCUCCCAAUUGUCUUCUGAGUUACACCGUGAUCUCCUCCUACCAAUUCGGAAAACCGGAAUAUAUCGUUUACAGCGUGUCGUUGAUGAGUCCAAGCUUGAGGUCCGGGUGCGAGCUUCGGAUUCUAUAGUCACUGCCUGCCCUCGCGCUCUAAUCAAAAACUCACACACGCAUAAGUGCCGUGGUGAGCUCUCGAACCUAGUGCUAGCCGUUGAGGGUACUCCGCCCUUGAAAAUAAAGUAUUCCAGGCAGGUGAACGACCAUGACCGAGGUUUCUCAUUUCAAAACAUCCAACCAGACCAUUUACGGACUCCACUUCUCGGUCAUAGGUCGCUUGGUCGGUUGUUCGAUGGACGGGAGCCAGAUAUCACCUGGGCUAAAAGUCAGAUCAUUGAAAUACCUCUAAACGAGUCUCUGAACAUUGGCGGUGAUUGGCUCUACAUGAUCGAGGAGGUUCAUGAUGGCUCGGGCAACGUUGCGAAUUAUUCGAUGGUUCUAGAAGAUCUUGAUCGACAAUCUGUGAAAUCUCUAGCUCAGUGGCAUCACUUCUCUGUUCAUGAAAUCCCCAAGCUAUCUCUCUCUGGAUGCAACGAUCAACAAUUCCUUGAAGUCGCACGUGGAGAAAGUCACCCACUCCCCGUCAAAUUCCAUAGCACAGACCAUGGAUACGAAAACGAUGGGCCAUUCUCUUUAAUUUACUCCUUCGGUACUGAUGGGCAGGGGAGCGUCGACGAUUCUGCUCGUACAGUCCGCCAGCUGUCACUCAAAUCAGUGGACCAGAAGCCUAUGAUCAAAGAGCCAGGGUGGUAUAGCCUGAAGUACGUUUCUAGCCAGUUCUGCUCAGGGGAGAUUUUAGAGCCCUCGUCCUGUUACCUGCAUAACCCUCCAGAGCCAGAGAUCUCAGUUCGCUCCGAGAAAAUCUUCGACAAAUGCGCAAACAACCCUGUUGGAUUGCUUGUCGAUCUGGAUCUCACGGGUUCACCACCGUUCCGACUUCGAUACACUAUAGAGACAUCUAAAGGUGUGGAAACCAAGCACCAAAUCAUUGAUGGGUUACGCGCGCAGCUCGAUUUCACCCCAUUAGAAGCCGGCCACUACCGGUAUCGCUUUUUGGAUAUUUCUGAUAGUGUAUACGGGCCUCGACCUUUGGAGAACAAAGUGGCAGUACUGGAACAAGACGUGAAACCUCCCGCCUCUGCAAAUUUCGUUGGUACACCCGAAGUACGCAAGGCCUGCUUUGGUGAACCUAUAUCUGUCGACGUCGCUUUUCAUGGAGAGGCGCCCUGGACCUUGCAGUACGAGCUUGUUCAUAACGGCAAGAAAACAAGACACGUUCUUGAAUCCGAAACUGCGAGAUCCACAAUCAUUACAGAUAAUCUCGUCAGUGGUGGCGGGUACAACCUCGUAUUAACAAGCGUGAAAGAUCGCUCCAAAUGCAAACGAAACCUUAAUGAAAUCCUCAAGGUUGACGCCAGAUCCAAGCCCCCUCACGUUUCUUUUGGUCUUGUAGAGAAGAGCAGAAAAUACUCGGCGCUGCAAGGCUCCAAAGUCGACAUACCCAUCAGACUCAGCGGUGAACGCCCUUGGACCCUACAAUACAAGAAUCUGGAUGCAGAUGCAUCAAUAUCCACGAAAACCUUCUGGCAUGAAAAUAGUUUCUUGACUGUGAGCCAAGAAGGACGUUACGAGCUGUUGGGAGUAACGGAUAGCUCGUGUCCUGGGUCCGUUGAUGACGCAGCGAAAGUUUUCGAGAUAUCUUGGAUUCCAAGACCUCAAAUCACUGCCGUAGAUAAUACGCCCGUCGGACCGGAUGGUCUAGUCGCGAAGAAUGAUAUUUGUCAGGGCCAAGGUGAUAGUCUUGAGCUUCGCUUGACGGGCAAUCCACCCUACACGAUCCAAUGUGAGCAACAAAGAAAAGGAUCUCGAGGUUCUACUGCCGUGCGAAUACGGAGCCUCAAAACAGCACUGCAUUCUCUUUCUAUGGAGCUGGAAACAUCAGAGCCGGGCGACUAUACCUAUCGAUUCAAGGAGGUUGGUGAUAAUCUCUACAACAAUGACCCGAGAGGCAACCAGGUCGUGGUCACCCAGAAAGUCAACCCACUUCCUUCCGCCCGCUUUGACGCUCCAGGUCGCAUCUAUGGUUUUUGCAGAGAAGACGAUAGUGGAGAUGAGCUUAUCCCCCUCACUAUGGAAGGUGUGCCACCGUUUUUCCUCGAAAUCUCAAUCAAACACUACGCGAAGGCGAAACCAGAGAUUGUGUCCAUUCCAAAUAUUAAAUCAAAUCGGCAUAACCUUCCAAUUCCUAGGCGCCAUCUCGACCUAGGUCAGCAUGUAGUUAGCAUCCAUAAAGUGAGAGAUGCGCGAGGUUGCGAGAAAACCUACCACACAGACCCGGCAUCAGUCAGAGUUGCCGUCUCGGACGUACCUACGAUUGUGCCGCUUGAAUCAAAGACUGACUACUGUGUUGGCGAGCGUCUUUCCUUCUCAUUAUCAGGCCAUUCUCCGUUUGAGGUGUUUUACACAUUCAAUGGCGUCGCCCGAAGGGCUUCUUCCCAGACCAACCAUUUCCGUCGCAUCGCAGAGAAACCCGGCGUCUUCACGAUAACUGCCGUCAGCGAUGGCGCAAGCGGGAAGUGCAAGGCCCACAAAGAUAUUGUUAAAACCAUUCACCCGAUGCCGAGCGUUAGGAUCAGCAAUGGUCAAGUCUCUAUUGUAGACAUCCAUGAGGGUGGUGAGGCGAAGCUAGAGUUUGAGUUCUGGGGCACGCCACCGUUCGAGUUCACGUACAUCCGAAGCACGAAUGCACGCAAAGGAAAGAAGGCCGAAAUAAUUGACAUAAAACAUGACAUUUCUUACGAACAUCAUAAGAUCAUCAAGACAUCUGACGAGGGUACCUAUGAGGUAGUGGCGAUCAAGGACAAAUACUGUUCAUUUUCUACUCAGCCCUCAAUGGAGAAGAACGAGAAGCUACUAACAAAUUCUUGA